GGCGUGGCGGGAGGCGCCCCCAGGGCCCUCGGAGGCGGUUAGCCGCGAGCUCGAGGCGGCCAAGGGGCAGGCCGAGGCGCUACAGGAGGAGCUGACCGAGAGCCAGCGGAGCCUCGCGGAGUUGGAGGAGGCGCUCACGCGGAGAGACGCGGAGGCGGAGGAGCUACACGACAUGCUCGAGUGCGUGCAGGUGCUGCACGGCGUUGCGCUCGUGCGGACCCCGUCAGGGCAGCGCUCCGCUCGCGACGGAAUCGACGCCCUUCGCCGCAUCGUUUUCGAGGCGGAGUCGGCGCGGCUUCGGGAGCUCGAGAGCGGCGAGGACAGUUCGGAGGGCGCCAUCGCCGGCUUGCGCGCCCAGCUGGCCGAGCAGCACGCUCGGCUGCGCAAGCUCGAGCCGCUCGCCGGCCGGGCGGAGGCGGCGGAGGCGGAGCAGAGGCGCUGCGCAGCCAGCUGCCAAGGUGCUGGGACGGUGUUGGAGCAGGUGGACGAAUCGGAAGAGCCAGAGUCUGAGGUCGAGCCCGCCGCAGAGGAGCCGGCGGGCUUUCUCACCAAGAUAAAGGCAAUGGUCUCACCACGAAAAGAUACGCCAGCGGAGGAGGAGGACGAGGUUGACAUCGAAGACAAGGAGGGUGAGGCUGAGGUGAAGGAGAAGCCGCCCUGCUGCAAGCCGCCGUCCUGCUCGAUGCCAAAGUGCUCGAUGCCAAAGUGCUCGAUGCCAAAGUGCUCGAUGCCAAAGUGCUUUCCGCAAUGCACGAAGAAGGUCGAGGCGCCCGCGGAGGAGGCCGUUUGA